AUUAACUUACCUGUCAGCGUCGUAAGGUUUCGUCGAACCACAUCGUCAUACAGUUCACUUGCGACAUUUCUCGCGUAAGCAUGCCGGCGUCGGCGUAAAGAAAAAUACUACGUGAUGACUUAGAGAGAAUAGAGAAAAAACACGGACAAAAAAAUGAAUCCGUCGGAAUCGCAGCAAAAUUUGCUCUCGAACGAAGCGAGGCCGCCCUCGGUGCAGUCGUUACAGCCACCCGUUGACUAUGUUCUUGGCCCGGUCGAAAAGCAUUUCCUGCUCAGCGCGGAACGAGGUGAUUGUGCUACCGUCAGAAGGUUAAUCGAAGAAAACCGAGAUCAUCCGGAGAUAUUAAAUAUUAAUUGCGUCGAUCCGCUAAAUCGAUCGGCAUUGAUAGCCGCUAUCGAAAAUGAAAACUACGAUCUUAUCAAGCUGUUGCUCGAAAUGGGAAUCGAAGUGAAGGACGCGCUUUUACACGCUAUUACAGAAGAGUUUGUAGAAGCGGUAGAGAUCUUACUUGAAUGGGAGGAAAGAAUACACAAGCCAGGACAGCCCUAUAGUUGGGAAGCCGUAGAUUCGUCAUCGAAUUUUACACCCGACAUAACUCCGUUGAUUUUAGCAGCUCAUAAAAAUAACUAUGAGAUAUUGAAACUGCUUUUGGAUCGCGGCGCAACUCUUCCAACACCUCACGAUGCUAGAUGCGGUUGCGAUGAAUGCGUCACUUCGAGCGAGCAGGAUUCUCUUCGCCAUUCGCAAGCGCGAAUAAACGCGUAUCGGGCGCUCACCUCGUCAUCUCUAAUCGCGCUUUCAUCAAGAGACCCACUUUUGACGGCCUUCGAGCUUUCAUGGGAACUGCGUCACCUCAGCAAGAUAGAACAAGAAUUUCGCGCGCAGUACAACGAAAUGCGGGAACAGACUCAGGAAUUUGCAACCGCUCUGUUGGAUCACGCGCGCACAUCUUACGAAUUGGAAGUAAUGUUGAACUAUAAUCCUACCGGCGAGAAUUGGGACCCUGGGGAGAGACAGACCCUGGACCGACUUAAACUGGCUAUUAAAUAUAAACAAAAGCAGUUCGUCGCUCACCCGAACGUGCAACAGUUAUUGGGCGCUAUCUGGUAUGACGGUCUUCCGGGAUUUCGAAGGAAAAACAUAGUGGCACAGUUAGUGGAAGUAGGCAAACUUGGAGCAAUGUUUCCGGUUUACAGCACUAUGUAUAUGAUGGCGCCAACUUCGCAAAUGGGAUUGUUUAUGAAAAAACCUUUUGUCAAAUUUAUAUGUCAUUCCGCGUCGUAUGCAUUUUUUCUAAUGCUUCUUGGUAUGGCGUCACAAAGAAUCGAAUAUCUGUUGAUUGAAUUAUUUGGUAACGCAUGGAUGCGAGAGAUACUUGCCGGCUGGAAGAAACGAGAACGCGGAAGUAUCCCGGGUUUUGUCGAGACAGGCGUAGUCAUCUAUGUGAUAAGUUUGAUCGCCGGCGAAAUCAAAUCUUUAUGGGCGGACGGAUUAUUGGAAUAUGUAUCGGAUUUGUGGAAUAUCGUAGAUUUUAUUCAAAAUACUUUUUAUGUUAUCUGGAUAAGCUUACGUAUCACUGCUUGGUGGAUAGUGCAGAGAGAAUACUGGAGCGGGUUGGAUCCUUGGUAUCCGAGGGAUCAAUGGCAUGCGUUCGAUCCGAUGUUGCUUUCGGAGGGUGCGUUUGCCGCUGGAAUGAUAUUCAGUUUUCUGAAACUCGUCCAUAUAUUCAGCGUAAAUCCUCAUCUCGGACCACUCCAGAUUUCCCUCGGGAGGAUGAUAAUAGACAUUAUCAAGUUUUUUUUUAUUUACACUCUCGUAUUAUUUGCCUUCGGCUGCGGUAUGAAUCAGCUACUGUGGUAUUACGCGGAUUUAGAGAAAAGAAAAUGUUAUCACUUAUCCGACUUGCCAGAUUUUGAUAAUCAAGAAAAAGCCUGUUCCACAUGGAGAAGAUUUGCUAAUUUGUUCGAGACAUCGCAGUCUCUCUUUUGGGCAAGUUUCGGAAUGGUCGAGUUAAUAUCGUUUGAUCUAACGGGCAUCAAAAGCUUUACGCGAUUUUGGGCGCUUCUCAUGUUCGGUUCUUAUUCCGUGAUAAACGUCAUUGUAUUAUUGAAUAUGUUAAUCGCUAUGAUGUCCAAUUCCUAUCAAAUCAUUUCGGAAAGAUCUGAUACAGAAUGGAAAUUUGCUAGAAGUCAUUUAUGGAUGAGUUACUUUGAGGAUGGUGACACUGUGCCACCGCCGUUUAAUAUGAUUCCAACGAGUAAAACAUUUCAAAAGCUAGUCAAGUGCGGAAACGCCGGUCGUACUACAAAAUCUUUUAUUAAAAAGUCUCGGGAGAAGGCUUUGGCUAGACACAAUACCGUAGUGCGAUUGCUUGUACGUCGUUAUGUAACGGCUGAGCAAAGGAAACGAGAUGAUUUUGGUAUUACAGAAGAUGAUGUCAGAGAAAUUCGCCAGGAUGUCUCAAGUUUUCGAUAUGAAUUAAUCGAUAUUCUUAAAAACAACGGGAUGCAUACACCACAAAUAACUAAAGAUGAUGCAACUAUACCAGGCAAGAAAGGCAGAGUAAUGGAACGUCGUCUGCAAAAGGAUUUCCAAAUUGGCUUAGUGGAGGGUAUUGUGCAAGCUGUAAUUCAGAACGAGAAAGAGCCGAAGGAUGUGUUUACUCAAAUCGCAAAGGCCAUUGGACGUAAAGGAAGCGCUACCGUCAAAAAAGACUGGAAUGCUGUGGUGAGACAAAAUACUAUUGCAAAAGAUCCAAUUGGAAGCACAAACGAGGCGGUGCAACGUCAAACCAGACGUAGUCUGCGUCGUCACUUACGACAUCAACCAGAUUCCGAUCUAGAGUCUAUGGACCCGAAACGACUGGUCGACUAUAAUCCAAAUCUGUCGGAAGUUACGCCGGCUACCAGGAUAGCCUACGCUAAAUUUAUGUUGAGAAAAGGCAAGCAAGAGGAGAAAACCGAUGGUGCAGACGAUCCUUCGAAAGCAACUGAAAACAGUGAGGAACCUCGAAAAAGUAGUAAAGUUAUGAUCGCGGAAACUUCUACAUCUUCGAUUCCACGACCCGUUUCUGAGAUGUUAAAGAAAAGCGUAUUGAAGUCAACUAGCAGCAGCGGCAGCAUGGAGAAAUUAAUGACAGAUAAAAAAACACUCGAUAUUAAAACCACUGAAGUCAGAUCGCCUUCACCUAUACCCGAGGAUCUCGGAGAAGAUGGUAAACAGUCACCAGCAAAGCCCGAUAAGAAAACCGAAGAUAAGAAUAAAGACAAAAAGGAAGAUAAGACAAAAGAACCAAGUGAAACGCAAAAGUCAAGAGAACAAAAAGAAAGUGAGACAGUACCGGAUGAAGAUAAGCGUAAGCAGUUGGAAAGCAGCAGUCGGGAAGCACCAAAGAAAGGGGAUAACAGCGACGAAAAAAAAGUCUCUGAAGUAAAUCAGAAGAAAGAAGCACCGAAAACUGCAGUGGCUCAAGCUACUACAAGUGAACGUGGAAAGUCCAAGGCAACAGGUCGAGUAACGGGAGGUUGGAUUUAACUUCAAAAUAUUUAAUGAAGUCACUGAACAGAAUCGAAACAUGACUUUGACAUAACACAAAAAAUUUUGAAUACUGAGAAUUUUUAUUUCAAGACAUCGGUCUAUUCUAAGAUGCUCCAUAGUAGAUUACAAAACAAAUUUAUUAAUAUGUCUGACGUUACAGGAUGUCGAUUGUCAAGAUUUUUUUGCGCAGAUCGACUGUUGCACAUAAUCCCGUUUGCACAUAAAUCAUAUUGCGCAUAUUAAAACAAGACUACUUUUUUAAUGUUCUUUUUGUUUAUUUUGUAAGCGUAUAUGCAGGGAAGGUUGGGCUCCCUUACGCUCCUUUUCGAAUCUCGCUUUGCGUGGAAAGUUAUAAACUUACGUGGAUCUUGCCUCAGAUUUAGCCGUCGUUUGUUGUAGCAAGAUUUUUUAUGAAUUCAUAACUUUUCACGUGCACUAAUGUUCUAUGCUAUAUGUAGCCAACUAUGAGAUGUUCAUUACAAUCAUUGCACAGAUAGUUGCAACUAUCUGUGCAAUGAUUGUAAUGGACAAUCGGAAUAUGUGCAAUAUAGUUUAUGCGGAAACGGGAUCUGGGAAAUACGUCUUCGUCAUCUAUGCAAAGACGACUAUGGACAAUCAGGAUCUGUGCAAAAAGGUUUCGUGCAAACGAGAUCUAGAAAAAUAGGAUUUGUGCAACAGUCGAUCUGCACAAAAGAAAUCUUGGCUAUCGGGAUUGGCUCCUCUCUGACGCAGAGAAGCUAAGAUCAUAUAUUUCUCUUUCUUAGAUCAAUAUAAAGUUAAACAUUAACCGUUUUCCUGGUAGAUUUCUUUGAGUUUGACUCACAUGUAACUUGUUGUUUGGCGUUAUAUUGAAAGAAACAUUAUUUAUAAAAAACGAGAUUUCUAAAGGUACUAUAAUUUAUUCUGUGCUGUUGAUUUUCAGUAAAAGAUCCAAACGAAAAGAUCGAAACUUAAUAGUUCUGUUUAUUUUGAAUAAAUAUAAGUUAUAUACACUGAAAUCUUGUACAUUGUGGUAUAUAAUUUUUGUCGAUAAACACAUGUACUUAGUGUCUUCGUUAAAAAAAAAGACGUCGAUUUUUGUACAAAUUUAGUAAAGUUAAAUUAAAAAGAUACAAAGUAUAAAGUCGCGAAUAACAUUCGCAGACUCUCGUUAAAGAGAUAAAAUUAUACAAGUAGGAAAUCGGAAAGUCCACUGAGAUGCGAUAAGUGGAUGACGCAUUUAGAGAUUUACUGGCAAUUUUCUUUGUAUAGGUAUUUCCAAUGUCACUUACACUAGCGAUAAGCGAAUCAUUUUUAAAUUCGAUGAUUGUUAUCAAUACUAUGCACUUCGUCACGUACAGCGUCUCGUACAGAUAACAACACAACGAGUGUACAUAUAUGUAUGGUGACGUAAUAAAUAAAAUUAUAAUUAUAAAAACA